AUGAGUAACUCUGAAGAAACUCAAGCUGGUCAUUUUGGUUCCGGUAAUGACCAACAUAACCAUCAAGAAGAGGCUUCUGAUUCCGCUGAAAGAUCCACACAUGCCUCUUCUCCACUCGAUUUAUAUACUGGUGCCACCGGUGCCACCGGUGCCACCGGUGCAGCUUCUGCCGCCGAAACCUUAAUUGAUCUUCUUGAAGGCAAACUACCAGAAGACGACGAUGAAGACAAACUGCAACAGUCCACUUCUUCAUUCAAUUUCCCUAUAUUUCCAACAGACGACCCUUCUACUUCUAUUCCUAUCACUAGCCCACCAUUACCUCGUGCUGCCCCAUCGCCAGAGGCUGUAUAUUUGCACCCACAAAUUUCUCCUCUGCCAUCACCAACAAGAGCAAUCAGUUCCCCCAUCUCCAACAACAGCAACAACAACUACAAUAGUAUACCCCAAGAAACACCUGCAUUGAACACUCUGGAGGAUAUUAAUACUGCAACACAACCUGAUGAGGUGGAAGAAACAAUUGAUGCUCUCGUGGCCGCAGUACAUAAUUCACCUGCGACACCUGCAUUAACUACUGCUACAAUUACAACAGAAACAAUCUUAACUGUAAAAGAUAAUGCCCCCAUUAUUCUAACAGAUGAUACCAAACAUGCUCAGGAAGAACAUGCGAAGGAAAAUGAAGAGAACGAAGAAGAAAAAGUUUCAAAAAGAGCUUCUUUAGAUGCUCCAAUUUUUCAACAGUAUUUUGACGAAGCAGAAGUUGCAGAUGACCCUUGGGAUCUACCUAUUUCUGAUGAAGAAAUCGACCCAUCUACUUCUAAGCCAUCUGAAGAAAACCCCAAAGAAGAUUCAAUUCUUGAAGACCUUAAUGUUUCCUCACAACCUUUAAAUGAACCCCCACAAAUGUCACAUAAGGCCGAUUCUACUAAGCCUCUUAGUCAGGAAGUCAAGAUUUCGGAAACAAAGGUUUCUGAAAUUCCCGAAACUACCAACGAUCCUUGGGAUGAACCCAUACUUGACGAAGCCGUCGAACCUUUACCCACAGAUCAAAUCCCCAAGCAAUCAACACAUAAAGAAACUCCUCUCAAACCUGAAAUUGAGGAACCUACUCCACUCGCUGAAUCCACUGAUCCUUGGGAUGAGCCUAUCAUUGAGGAUCUGGACGAACCCGCAUCUACAAGCGAGCAGCUCACACCAUCAACAGAAAUUACACUGCCAAUACAACCUGCCAGCGAAGAGCUGACUGUUGCGGCCCCUGAAUUACAAACUGAAGAUUCUACCGAUUUUUGGGAUGAGCCGACUUUUGAAAAGACACCAGAGCCUGUUUCCACAAAAGAAGCUUCUUCUGUGUCGUCAUUACCGUCGUCUUUGCCGCUACAUGAAAAGGUUGCUCAGCUAGAAGAGUCUUUUACAGCAGAUGCUGAUGUCGCCACAGAAACUGUUUUAAAGGAGCCUGUUUUUGAAGAGAAUCCAGAACCUAUUACCACAAAAGAAGAUCUACCAUCGCUGUCGGAGAAUCCAAUUCCCAAAGAGACUGUCGAAGUUACUCAGACUAAAACAGAAGAAUCUACAGAUUUCUGGGAUGAGCCCACUUUUGAAAAGACCCCUGAUUCUGUUGCAACGAAACAGGCGCUGCAACUUUCUUCCCAAGAAGUGCUAUCUACCAAAGAAGCUUCUUCAGCCCCCGAGGUUGAAACUUCUACUGAUUUUUGGGAUGGGCCCACUUUUGAAAAAGCUUUGGAGCCUACAGUUCCAAAAGAAAUUUCUUCGUCAGCCCCACAACAAGAAUUUGUACAGAACUCGGUCAGUAAUAAGACUGCCUCUGAAGCUCAACAGGAGGAACAAGAAGAGCAGAAGAAACAAGAAGAUUUCUGGGAUGAACCUACUUUUGAGAAGGUCCCAGAACCUGUGCCCGAACCUGCUUCCGAAACUAUUUCUGAGCCUAUUCCAAAACCAUCUUCUGAAAUGAUCUUUGAGCCAGUUAUAGAAUCUGCCCUGGAGCCUACUUCUGAGUUUAUCCCGGAGCUAGUUCCUGAGAUUAAUCCUGAGCCAGUUUUAGAAUCAGUACUGGAGCCUACUACUGAGCCAGCUCUAGAACCAGCCCCUGAGGUCACACCCGAGCCAGUUUUAGAAUCGGUUCUGGAGUCUACUUCUGAGCCAGUUCCUGAGCCAGCUUCUGAGGUAAAUCCUGAUCCAGUCUCUGAGCCAGUCCCCGAGUCAACUUCCGAGGUCGCUCCUGAGCCAGUCUCUGAACCAGAUUCUGAGGUCACUCCCGAGCCAGUCCCUGAGCCAGAUUCUGAAGCCACUGCUGAGCCAGUCCUUGAGCCAAUCCCUGAGCCAGCUUCUGAAGUCACUCCUGAGCCUAUUCUUAAGAACGAUGCUGACCUGCCAGCGCAAUCUCCAGAACUGGAAGAGACUCAUAAAGUGACAAGCAAAGAAGUUGAAAUUCCUAAAACUACACCUUUGGAACCCCCCCAGACUGAUUUAAAAGAAUCAAGUCAGUCUGACGAAUUGACAAAAGCCCCUGAACAACUUCAGGAAAAUGUGGCCGACACCGAGCAUGCAGGAUCUGAGCCUGUCACUGAAUCUUUUAUUCAUGAAGAUAUUCCAGAAACCUCCACAAAGGAGGAGUCUGCACCAGUGUUUAAGACCAAUGAAGCUUUUGGAAUUGCCAAAGAUACUUCUCCCUCUACUACAAUCUCUUCUGAAGCGAAUGGUAAAGAUAACAAACAGCAAGUCGAGGUUUUUGGUUUAAACGAGGACAAGCCCAACACUGAUGGCCUUUCUCAUAUUUUUGAUUCGGUCCGCACUACUGCUGAAAAUUCGGAAUCUUUUCCAGCCACUGAGGGCGUUUCUCAACUUAAGCCUGGAUUUCCUGACCCGGCUGGUGACGACAGCUUUUUCCAGACCUCUACCCAAACUACAGCUCCAACAGUUAAUGCCACCACCACUGAAAAAUCUAUUAACACUCCAUCAAUCGAAGAAAAACAUGAUUCUCAGCUAUCUCCUCAGAAGACUGAGGAACAUAAUCCGUUUGGCGCUCUUUCGGCUGAUGAUUCAUUUUCUGCUUCAAUUUUCUCUUCUGCACCUAAUGACACUCAAAACUUACCCUUCCAAUCCUCAGAGAAUGAUACUUUUUAUAAGUCUCUUGCUCCUGCAGUUCCUCUUCAACCAUCCACAAAAAAGUCUCAGGAUGCCUUUUCUCCUUUUGGAGAUCUUGCUGACAAUGACGAUACCUUUUUCAAGUCCCUUGGUGCUGGCCCAUCAAAACCUGUUUCACAAAACCCUCAAGCCCAGUCUCCAUUUGGUGAUGCUGGUGACAAUGACGACACUUUCUUUUCUAAAAUUUCUACAAAGGCGGAGGAAAAGCCACUGGAACCACCAGCCAGAAAAGCCAGAGGUUCCAUUAGCAAGAUUGAGCCUGCCAAACCCACUUUGGCUACUAUUUUUGGUGAGGACGAAGAGGACGAAGAUGAUUUUGCCAAACUUUUGGCAAAAGAUUUAUCGGAAAAGAAAUCAACAACACAGAAACCAACCGUCGAUCUUUCUCAGUCUUUUGCACUUCUUGACGAUGACGAUUUACUUCCUGAUGAUUAUGUUGAACCUGUUCCCAGUCACUCCAAUCCCCAACAUGCCCAGCAAAAAAAUCUGCAACCUGCAUACACUCAGCACCCUCAGCAACCAAAGAUUAAAGAGUUCAACACUGCCCAAAACUCUUUUGAUUUGCCUUCAGGGUUUGUUCCCCAGCCUCGUCGCAUGAAUUCUUACCAAACAUUGCCUGGAUCUCCUCAAACGUAUACCUCAUCAUCGCCUCUCCAGCAACCCCCACAUCAGCAACAGAAAAAGCUUUCUAAAAAGUCUUCCUUUUUUGAAGAGCUCCCCAUUAUUCCCCCUAAGCAAAUUCAUCGUAAAAGUAAUGCUACCCCUGUUCAGAAUGUUCAAUAUCAGGCAUCAUUUUCUCCCCAGCUUUCUCCAGCUCAACCCCCGCCUAUCCCAGCUCAAGGAAACUUGCGCUCAAUGACCAACUCUCCAGUUAAUCCAUAUGCUCCACCAGCUAAUCCUCUUCAAAGACCCAGCUCGGCAUCUGUUUCUUACGCACCCACUGCAUCAUCCAUUGCCCAACCACAACAUAAUCCAUAUUCUCCAUCUCUUCCUCCGGUUCCUUCUAAUCCUUAUGGCCCACAAACAGCCACACCCAGAAACCAACCUUCUCAGCAAGGCCCUGGAUACUAUAACCAUGCUCUUCCUCAAGGGUUUUCUGGGUCGAUUUAUUCACCUUCUCAGCAAAGCCAGCAGUUUAAUCCAAUGUCGCCACCUCAAUCUACUUUUGCUAAACCAUUAGGACCUAACGACAUUUAUCGACGCUCGUCUGUUACAUCUCCUUCGCAGUUCCCCAUGAGUCCCACCCAAGGAGUUACCCCGUUGAAUCUUUCUCAAAACAAUGUGUAUGCUCCUACAUACACUGAGCCCAAACUUAGUCCGAUCCAUGGUCCUCCUUCCCAUCCUCCUUCCCAUCCUCAUCCACAUCCACAUCCACAAAAGUCUUUGGCUUCUGCUUAUGGUGAUAUGCCAGCUGAUAUUGGAAUGCGGGCUGCUGAGUCCAAUCGCUCGCCUGAGGUUCAACAGGCCAUUUUACACGCAAAGAUGAUGAGAUCUCCUCCACGGCCAGAUUUUGGCUAUUCUGCUCAGACAAUGAACCCAUUGAUGUCACCGCCUCUUAACUCUGCCAACCUUACUGGAUCUCCUCCUGCAUACCGUCAGCCUUUGAGUAGUAAUAGCUACUCUCCCAAUCACUCAGUUGAUUACAGUCAUCAGGUUUCUCCUCAACAGACUUUUUCGUCUGCACCCAUGACCAACCCUGAGUCUCUGUUGACUCGUCAGUUCCCUCUUUUCUGCUGGGGUCAUGGAACUAAAGCUGCAGUUUCUAUUCCUCCUCGCAUUGCUUUUGGUGGCACUACUAUUGCAUCUGAAAUCAAGCUUAUUGAUAUUUCGGAAAUGCUUUAUCCUGAUUCUGCUACCAAGUUCCCUACAUCAAUUUUGACAGCCAAGGGUCCUGUCAAGAGCAAGAAGAAGGAGCUUGAAAAAUGGAUCCAAGAGCACAUCUCAUGGGUGGAGCAUAAACAAAACACUGCUUCUCGUGAAGAUUCAAUUCGUUAUGUUGAUCGUGCUUUACUUUGGAAGGUUCUUUUGGAGCUUUUGCGCAGUGACACAUCCGCUUCUUCUACUAGUGUCCCUGUGGUUAACACCAUUUGCAAGCUUUUAGAUCCUACUAUUGAUUUCACCAAGGAGCGUAUUGAUCCCAAGACGCAGUUUGCACCUGCUCUUGAUAUUUACAGACAAAACCAAAAUCGCCAAGUUAAUCCGGCUGACCAUCAUGAUCGCUCUUUGACUCAGAAUGACAUUAAAGAGAUUAUGGAAUCACUUAAGGCUGGUGACAGAGAAGGUGCUCUCAAGUACGCUUUGGAUCAGCAACUCUGGGCACACGCUUUGAUUCUUGCUAGUUCAAUUGGAUCUACUCAAUGGACUGAGACUGUUGCAGAGUUUGUCCGUGAAAAUGUGCGCAACUUCCCUGCUCUUUCUGCUCGUAACAUGGCUUUCAUGUACCGCAUCUUUUCUGGUGCUAAGGAGGAAUCCGUGUCUGAGAUUUUGCCUCAUCACGCAUCUGUUGCUUCUAAAUUGCCCGAGCCGUCACCUGAACUUAAUGCUUCUUUAAGAGAAUGGAGAAAUGUCACUGCAUUGGCAUAUUCUAACCGCUCGCCAAUGUGUGUUGAUGCAGUUAAAACUAUUUCUGCUCUUUUAGCUAAAUCUGGGUACACUGAAGCUUCGCAUAUCUGCAAAAUUCUUUUCAACUUUGCCAACUUUGGUAAUGAUAGUGGCAAUGACCAAUUUUUGCUUCUUGGUACUGAUAAAGGUCAGGAUAUUGAUUCCAUUCUUUUGACUAUGGUUUACGAGUACUAUAGAUGCUCUACUGAUUCUGGAAAUCAAAACUUUUAUCCUCACCUCUUACCAUACAAGCUUUUCUUAGCCUCUUACCUUGCCGACUAUGGUAAGAUUUCUGAGGCCCGUUCUCUCUAUGAAAACAUUUCAGGUAUAUUGAAGGCUGCUCCAAAGAGUCGAUACACCACCCCAGUCUUUUUGAGUCAGACCGAGGCUCUUGGUCACAGAUUGAACAUUAUGCCGGAAGAAACUACUGGUAGUGGCUGGUUUGGUGGUAAGCUUGCUCGUCCCAAGCUUGACCAAGUUCUUGGUCAGCUUGACAAGAGUCUUAGCAAGUUUAUUGCUGGUGAAGAAAUUGAAACUCAGACCAAACAAGAACAGGAUAAUGGCAUUUUCAAAAAGCUCGCUGAGACACCCAAUGCGUCUUCUGUAGAUGUUCGUUCUCGUUAUCAGAGUGCUGUGGAUGUGGAUAUGCCAGGCAUUCCAUCUCGCUCUCAGUCAACUAUUGGUUUCCAGUUUGGAUCUUCUACAAACAUUUCCGAUCUCAAUCGAGUAAUGUCUCCGGGUCACCAGCUUGGCCUCAUUCAAGAUGAUCCUUAUCGUCCUCGUUCAGCUGGACCAGCAAGAGUAAGCUUUGAUAGCAGACGUCCCUCUGCUGUUACGCCUGAACGAGUAUCGUCUCCAUUGGCUUAUAAUACUGUAACUGAUUCUCGCAAUUCUAUUUACGGUAUCUCUGAAAAUAGGGCCAUUCAGUCUGGUCCCAAUAGUCCAAACAGAGCCAAACAGUCUUAUUCAGCUGUUCCACCCCCACCGGCAAAGCCGACACCGGUUGCUAAUCCUUAUGCUCCUGUAAAUAGCACCAAUGCAACACCCUCUCGCAAAACCCCAUAUAAUCCUUAUGCGCCUAAGGAGCCUGAACCCACUUCUAGAAAGCAAUCCUUUUCGUUUCAACAAAGUCCUGCCGAAGAACUUAGAAAGAAGUCUUAUGCAGAAUCUCCCAAAAAUAUUUCUGGAAUUUCUUCCCCUCCUCCUCCUCCUUCCACACAUAUGACUAUGCCCCCUCCACCCCCAUCAUUGCCUUCUUCGGCAAAUCUAUAUGGUGAUUACCCGCCACGUUCUUCUGCUGCUACUCCCGAAUCUGGUUUAGUUUCUAACCACCCAUCACGCAUGAGUUCUCCAGUAAACCGAAUUCACAGUCCUUAUGAAUUGGUUGCCCCAUCGCAUCCAGCUUCUAAGGUCAGCAAUCCAUAUGAGAUUUCACAUGUUUCAUCCAACUCUUCCAGGUCUUCAUUUAGCAGUGAGCAGCGCCCAGGUUUUGAUUUGCAGAAUAGUCAACCUGAGCCUACUAACAUUGAGUCACCUGUACCUCCUCAUCAGCAGACUGAUGAUAAUUUUUAUCCUCCAGUAUCAUCAACAACUGAGAUUAAAAGCCAUACUCCUACUCCUAGCUCUUCUGGAAAGUCAUCGGCAGCAUUAGAAAAGAACAUUUCUAACCCAUAUUCAACUUUAGCUGAGCCGGCCAAUUCUAAUGAAACAAAGAACAAAUAUGGACCAGCUUUGGAGAAGCCCUCUAGUGCUUCUUCUUAUAAUCCUUAUGCUCCUGUUGAACAACAAUCAACUUCGCCAUCCAAGUCUCAUUACGAUCCUUAUGCGCCUACAUCUAGUGAUGGGUCUAAAAAGACAAACUCUUAUGCUCCUGUUUCUGUUACUGAGGAAAAUAACGAGUCUGAUUAUUCGUCUUUUGCCGGAUAUAACCCAUACGGCUAUAAUCCUUAUGAAGACACUCCACAGACUUCCCAGAAGGAUGGAGAAGGAGAGAAAAAAGAAGGUGAGAACUCCAAUGAGGGUGUGGAAAAGAAAGAAGAAAAUGAAGAAAAGAAAGAUGAGGAGAAUCAGGAACUACCGGAUGAAGGUGAUUUUUAUGCACCUUAUGAACAGCCUGACUAUGGCUAUCAAAAUGAAGCUGAGCCUAUGGACAUCCCUGAAGAUGACCCAGAGGCUGGUUCUGGCGACUUUUUCGUUCCUCUUGGAGUGCCAUCAUUUAAACCUUCUGCCACCGUUUCUGAAGCAGUUCCUCUUGCUCACACCGAAGAGGCUUCCAGCAAUAAAAAGGAAGAAGAAAUCGAAGAUUUUGGGUUUGCCAAUAAGCCUAAAGAAACUAAAGCUGAAGAGCCUAAAAAUGAAGAACCAAAAAGGGAAGAAGCUAAGGGAAAGGCAGAAGAAAAGAAGGGUUGGUUUGGCUUUUUCUCUCGAAAGCAUGAUGACCACCCCAAGCCUAUCAAAGCUAAACUUGGUGAGGAGAACUCUUUCUACUAUGAUAAGGAACUCAAGAGAUGGAUUAACAAAAAAGCACCAAUUGAGGAUCAAAUUAAGGCGACAUUGCCUCCUCCACCACCUCCUGGAGGAUCUUCAUCUUCAUCGACUACUUCGGCUCCUUCUGUUCCUUCUAUUCCUUCUGCUCCGUCACCCAACUUGCCUUCAGAACCAUCUAGCACACCAGGUUCAUCAGCGACAGCUACACCUCCCCCGUCAUUACCGCCUAGCGCUUCUUUCAACGCCCCAUUAAGUGGAGGCCUUGAUGAUCUACUUGCUGCAGCUGCACCAAGCGCACCAGGAACUAGAAAGGCCAAGAGAAGUGCACGCAACAGAUAUGUUGAUGUUAUGAACCAACCAAAAUAA